AUGCUGGCUAAACUCACGUCUGACUUUGAUUCCUUCUUUGAAAAUGUCUUAAGCACCCUUUAUGGGUCUUUGAGUUGUGAUCUGGAUUUAGUUAAAGCCCACUUCAUCAGAGUUUCGAAAUACAAUGUACCCAAUGGAAAAAAGGUUCGUGGUCGAAUCUGCGUCGCCGCGUUUAAGUGCUUUGCGAAAGGAGAAGCGUCUGAUGAUUUGCUGAGACUAGUUAAUCUUGUCGGCUGGGCUAUUGAGCUGGUAGAAUCAGCUUUCUUGGUUCUUGAUGAUCUUAUUGAUGGUUCAUUCAUGAGAAGAGGACAGAUUUCGUGGGGUCUGCUUCAGCAAAGGGAGGGCCAUGGUUUAAUCGGAAUUAACGAUGGACUUCAUCUAUACAUAUCUGUUCAGCAGCUUCUCAUGGCCGGUUUCCACUCUCGACCCCAUCCCAGAUGCCUUGAAAUUCUAAAGCUCUUUGGUGAUUGUGCUAACAGUACCUGCUUUGGACAAGCAUUGGAUAUUCUUAGCAGCGGUCAACUACAAUCCACCGAUUCGAAUGGGAUGUUGUCCUGCGAAAAACCGAACUCAAAUUAUGACUGUCUAAGAGAUGCUACUGUCAGUAGAUUCGCUUCAAUUGCAAAGUGGAAAACAAGUUAUUACAGCUUUGUCCUUCCUGUUGCUGCAGGAAUGUUGUUAGCGGAUGUGAAAAGCGAUGUCUUAUUUUCAAAUGCGGAGUCAAUCCUUCUCAAAAUUGGGGAAUAUUUUCAAAUGCAAGAUGAUUUUUUGGAUGUAUACGGAGACGAAAAGGUGACUGGAAAAGUGGGUACCGACAUUGAGGAAGGCAAGUGCAGUUGGCUGAUUGCCACGGCUUUAGAAAAGACUUCCAGUGAACAGCGAGAUGCUCUUAGCAAGAACUAUGGACUGAAAGAUCCCGAUUGUGUGAGGGCAGUUCGGAAGGUUUUUGAUGAGCUCGACUUGCCGAGUCUCUAUUCUGCAUAUGAGGAUCAAUCCCAAAAACACAUUCUCGAUCUCAUUAAAUCGGUGAGCACAGAGAAGGAUGAAGACUUCACUGACCCGGUGGCAACCAACUGCAGUUUGGAGUCGUAUAGUGAAGAGGGUGGGGAUGGGGUAGAGUAUCAUGACCAGAAAUACUACCAUCUGGGUGCUUUUCAUAAACUUACUAUCUACACUUAUCUUUAUAAAGGUGGCGUGGAUUUUACGUCUCCAAACACAAUGCCACUAAGAGUAUAUUCGGUGCCUCCAAUGGAUUGUGAUGACAGUAAUUCAUUCUCUAAGCUGAUAGUACGGAGUGUCUCAUCCUCUGAGCUGGUUUGCUCAUUGAAGGAGUGCCUCCUGAGCUUCGUCGUUGUCAUAGGGCGGGGCUGGGCGCGCGGACAGGUGGUUGGUGCUCGCGCACCUACGCGAGCACUGCCAGACUUGUGCCUUCGGGCGUGGGUGAUGGUCACGACGGCCAAUCAGAUCGUUUAUAAAAAUCCGGAAUUGGUUCAAGUUCUGCCGGGACCAUAUGGAAAUAACCCGGGUUUCGCCUUCCUCGCUGUUGUUGAAUACUUCACCGAUUGCACCACAGAUAUUCUGGAUAUUUUAGGUCUCGUACUCGUAGUUUAA